CUCUCAUCUUGUAACAACAGCAACAACGAAAGUACGCAACGAGGAACAAAGACAAUCUUAUCUUAUCAGAGAAAAGAAAGGAAGAAAAUGCAGUCAGCAAAGGACGCAGCAGCCUCAGCAAAGGCUGGCAUGGAGAAAACCAAAGCCACUGUUCAAGAAAAGGCGGAGAGGAUGACUACUAGGGAUCCACUGAAGAAAGAAAUGGCGACGGACAAGAAAGAGGACAAGAAAGCAGCAGCAGAGCUGGAAAAGAGAGAGGCCAAAGAACACAAUGUAGCUGCAGGACAUGGAGUUCAACAUCCCCAUGUUGGUGGAGGAACUGGCACUGGUUAUGGGACUGGCUCUACCUUUUAGAAAAAUGAAGCUCUGGGUAUUCCCCCAACUUUCAUUAAUGUAAUAUGGCUGUUUUUUUUUUUUUUUUUUUUUAUGGUUAAGAGGGGUUACUAUCCCGCUUGUAUGUGGAUGUUGGUGUUGGCUUUUAUGAUCGACGACACCAAAUUAUAUAAAUAAAGUGACCUUCCUGUGU